AAGACAUGUUGUCUUUUUAGAAUGGAAACUAAUAAAUAUUAGAAAAUAUUAAACGCAAAAUCCGAAUUCCAGUAAAUAUUGGUACGCAGCCUGAAUUUAUUUUAAAACUUUUAAUUUGUCGGCUGGCGCUCGUGAUGAUGUGACGCAACUUGUGGGUCAUUGGUUAAACGUUACUCGGAUAAAUAUCUGCUGUAUCUCGGCUUUGUCUGUUAAUUUGUUAGUUUUCAACGAAAACAGCAUUUCAGUUCCAGACUAGAGUUCCUCCAAAGAUUUUGAGGAUUUCUGAUUCCAAUGUUGCCUGUUGUGGUAGUCCAUGGUGGUGCAGGUCAUGUUCCCAAGGAACGAGCUGAGCUCUCCAUUGCCGGGAUGCAGGAAGCAGCAAGGUUGGGGUAUGCCAUUCUGAAGUCUGGAGGCACUGCCAUGGACGCUGUGGUAGAAACCGUUGCCAUGCUGGAAAAUAACCCAGCAUUUAAUGCAGGUCGAGGCUCAGUGUUGAAUCUGAAGGGAGAAGUGGAGAUGGAUGCUCUGGUGAUGGAUGGGCGCACAUUGGCCUGUGGUGCCGUGUCUGCAGUCAGGAGAGUGGCUAACCCUAUUCACCUGGCCAGGCUGGUCAUGGACAAGACUAGUCACGUGUGUCUGACGGCCGAAGGGGCUUCCCAGUUUGCCAGGGCCAUGGGGAUCCCUGAAGUGCCUGAGGAGUCUCUGAUCACAGACUAUGCCAGGAAGCGAUGGAAGGACAACCUGCAUAAAGAUGCCAACCCUGUGGAGUGCCAAAUAGGUAAGAUGGGCACAGUUGGAGCAGUAGCUGUGGAUGUGCAGGGAAACAUCGCAUGUGCUACCUCUACAGGUGGCAUGAUAAACAAGAUGGAGGGUCGUGUGGGAGACACUCCAUGCAUUGGGUGUGGAGGCUAUGCAGAUAACCAGAUUGGGGCUGUAUCACCGACUGGUCAUGGAGAAGCCAUCAUGAAAAUCGUUCUGUCCAGGCUUAUUCUCUUCCACAUGGAGCAAGGAAAAAGCCCUAAGGAGGCAAGUGACAUGGCCCUGGCCUACAUGAAGGAACGAGUCAGUGGUCUGGGUGGAGUGGUGGUUGUGGACCCUAAAGGGACCUGGGCAGCUCGCUUCAGCAGCCAACAGAUGCCAUGGGCUGCAGCACAGCAAGAGCAGCUCCACUACGGGAUGUUCCACGGAGAGGACUUUACUGAGCCUGUAUAGCAGCCAGCAUGCUCACUGAACAAGCUAGUUUCCAUGACACAUAUACAUACACAAAGUGUGAUUUGCACUAGAUAAAAUUGCCAUCUGCUGGUAGUUGCUUGUUUACACAUACAAAUCAUUAUUAAAUUAUAUUCAGGAGAAGAUGGGUAUCAUUUAAAUGCAAUAUUGAAGUUAACAGGAAACCAAUAUGAUUGUAAUUUAAUCAUCAAAUGCAAUUGAAUAAGCCAGUUCAUUUAACACUCCUUCAAGAGACUUGUCAUGGUUGACUAUUGUGCUGUUAGAAUAUAGUACUUUUUAUCCACUAGAUGGAGAUAAAGGGCAUUUCAAGAGAAAA